AUGGCAUGGCCUAUUCGUUUUCCUACUGGCCAUGAAACUACGACGGUAUAUUCUGGUGUACCAACAGGAUUGGCUCAUAAUCAUGUACAUGGGAGUAACUUCAUGUUCGGACCUGUCAUUGAUGCCCCUGAGCAUGAUGUCUUUCCCAUAUUAAAGCUUUUGGACUUCGGGAUCGCCAGGAUCAUCCAUCAUAACCACAUAGGCCCGAAUGGAACAGGAGAGCAACACAACAUUCAAGAUAUAGGAAUAAUGAUGGCUAGUAUUUUCGCGCUUCAAACCGACUUAAAGUACACGGGAGCUGAAGUAGAGGUUGAUUUAAGCAAACUUGGAUAUCCAUCCUAUACGCUAUCUCCAGCCGCUGGUAUAUUGGGCGAUCCGGACAACGCGGAAGCAGAUCCACUUCCACAUAUUGACCGAGACAUGCGCCUCAUUGUCGCCGCCUGUAUGGCGAGCGAUCCCCGGGACCGCCCAACCCUUGCUGAUCUCGAGAGGUGGGUUUAUAGCGAAGUAAGCAACACGUACCCUGCAUAUUACGGAGCUAAUCCUGGAGGCGCGACAUGGGAGGAAAACGCGACGAUUAGACAUAUUCUGCAGGAAUCCGCUAGGGACUUUCAUGUUAUCCACGGACUUGAUCCUAUAGCUACCAUCCUAACUAUCUCGUUAAGUCACACGGGUCUGCUGACCACCGUACUCGAACAAGAUUCUAAAGAAGUAGCGAGGGGUUAG